AUUCUAGGCUGAGUUGGUGGAGUGAGUAGGUGUGUUGGGAGGUAGAAAGUGAAAGGGAAGUAUUUUGCAAUACUUUGCAAAAGUAUUGCAAUUUUUUAAUUAAAAAAAAAAGCAGUUUGCAAUAUAUACAAUAUUAUACAGCACAAGUAGUCGCAGAUCCUGAACAAUGAUACAUCAAAAAGACUUAACAGCCCAAAUCCGCGAAGCCCAGGAACUUGUUAUUAUCGCGAAAUAAAUAGGAAAUUAAGGGCGGUUUAGCUGUACUUGUGUCAAGACGGUACUCAGUUUCAGACCGAUUUGACAGGGUUGGCUGAUUGAACUGCCCGCUUUGCAUCUUAGCAACAGUGGCCUGCCAGAUCCUGUAACUAUCUGAAACUGCUUGGCAGCAUUAGAAAUUACGCCGGCUACUUAGUACAUCGACUAGAGCGAUGAAGGACGUCCUCAGAAAUUGGGGAAAGUGAAAAGAAAAAAACAAGCCUCCAAUAAAAGAACAGGUCGGAAACAGUUGAGACACCUUGCUCCUGGGAAGGAGGCUGGUACAAGAUCAUGGUACCAGCUGGAGAGAUAGCGGUCACUUUGGGAGGAGGAUGCCAACAAAGACUCCAGAAACGCCAACCCUUCCUUGCCAGCUCGGGGUCGGAGGAUGCUUUAAAGAGCCACAGCCCUACAGCUGAAGUGAGCCUAAACGCAGGUGGCCUCCCGACCCACCUAGUGGGCGGAGCUUUCAGAGGGCUCCAUCCCCGCCGGAUGCCUAGAGGGCUAAGGAGCUCCACCUUCCCUCUUCUCCCUCCCACUCCCCCCACCCCCCCAUCAGCCUAAAACGCAGCCGGCCUCGCCCCUUUGUCAUCUCAGGCUCUUGGGAGCGACUGGUUUAGUAUCUGCUGUUCCUACGCUCUUGACUCAUCCUCCGCCUUCGGGUCUAGUCCUUCUUCCCCUCACCUCCCACGCUCCAAAGGCGUCCCCGGAGUUGAUGCCCCUUCAUCAUCCAGUCGCUAGUCUCUGAGAGUCCGAGUCCUAGUCUUCCCUGGAGCUCGCUCCACGCUCUCGUUCCUACCCUCCCACUCCUCCACGCAUUCGCCACCCAUCUCCCGGAGUUCGCCCGCCCCUAGCGUCGAGCUGCACGCCCGGAGUUCGCCCGCUGCCCUUUCGGGGACAGGGGGCAUUGCCACCAUCAUGCUCCCCGCCAUCUACACGGCCGUGGCGGGGCUGCUGCUCCUCCCGCUGCUGAUGAAUUUCUGCUGCCCCUACAUCUUCCAGGACACGAACUACUUCCUGAAGGUGGUCGGAGUAGCUCGAAGGGUGCGCAGCUACUCGAGACGCCGGCCAGUGCGCACUGUCUUGAGCGCCUUCUUGGAACGGGUGCGCCAGACCCCGAACAAGCCUUUCGUACUGUUUCAAGAUGAGACGCUCUCCUAUGCGCAGGUGGACCGACGGAGCAACCAGGUGGCGCGUGUGCUCCACGACCGCCUCGGUCUCCGGCAGGGAGACUGCGUCGCCCUCUUUCUAGGCAACGAACCGGCCUAUGUUUGGCUGUGGCUGGGGAUGGCCAAGUUGGGCUGCGCCAUGGCCUGUCUCAACUACAACAUUCGAGCCAAGUCCCUUAUACAUUGCUUCCAGUGCAGCGGGGCCAAAGUGUUGCUGUCCUCCCCGGAUCUACAAGCAGCCAUUGAAGAGGUAUUGCCAAGCCUGAAGAAAGAUGAUGUAUCUAUCUUUUAUCUGAGUAGAACUUCUACGACAGAUGGUGUUGACUCUCUGCUGGACAAACUGGACGAAACUUCUGAUGAACCCAUCCCAGAAUCUUGGAGGUCAGAUGUCGACUUUGCAACUCCUGCCUUGUACAUCUAUACUUCUGGGACCACAGGUCUCCCCAAAGCUGCAGUGAUCAAUCAUCGGCGCAUAUGGUAUGCCAGCGGCAUCGUUGAUGCGAGCAAUAUCACUUCACAAGACGUGAUCUAUACUUCUCUGCCCUUGUAUCACAGUGCUGCCCUUCUGAUUGGAUUACAUGGAUGCAUCAUAAAAGGUGCUACUUUAGCUUUGCGUACCAAAUUUUCAGCCAGCCACUUUUGGGAAGACUGCAGAAAAUACAAAGUGACAGUCAUACAGUACAUCGGUGAGCUGCUGCGGUAUUUGUGCAACAUGCCCGAGAAACCCAAUGAUCGUGAUCACAGAGUGAGACUAGCAGUCGGUAAUGGCUUGCGGGGAGAUGUUUGGAGGGAAUUCAUCCGGCGGUUUGGAGACAUUCAUAUUUAUGAAUUCUAUGCAUCCACUGAAGGAAAUAUAGGGUUUUUUAAUUACCCAAGAAAGAUUGGUGCUGUGGGAAGACAAAACUUUUUACAGAAGAAAGCUGUUUCAUAUGAGCUGAUUAAGUAUGAUGUAGAAAAAGAUGAACCCGUCCGAGAUGGAAAUGGAUACUGCAUAAAAGUUCCUAAAGGUGAAGUAGGAUUAUUAGUUUGCAAAAUCACACAACUUACACCAUUCACUGGCUAUGCUGGAGGAAAGGCUCAAACAGAGAAGAAAAAGCUAAGAGAUGUCUUUAAGAAAGGAGACGUCUAUUUUAACAGUGGUGAUCUCUUAUUAAUUGAUCAUGAAAACUUCGUCUAUUUCCAUGACAGAAUUGGAGAUACUUUCAGGUGGAAAGGGGAAAAUGUGGCAACCACGGAAGUCGCAGAUAUCAUAGGGCUGGUUGACUUUAUCCAAGAAGUUAACGUUUAUGGCGUGCCUGUACCAGGUCAUGAAGGUCGAAUAGGGAUGGCAUCCAUCCGGAUAAAGGAGAACCAUGAAUUUGAUGGGAAAAGGCUUUACACUCACCUGGCUGAGUACCUGCCUGGCUAUGCAAGGCCUAGAUUCAUUCGAAUUCAGGAUACCAUUGAAAUCACUGGAACUUUUAAACACCGUAAAGUGACACUUGUGGAAGACGGAUUCAAUCCUGCUGUCAUCAAAGAUGCCUUGUAUUUCUCGGAUGACACAGAGAAAAUGUACAUACCUAUGACUGAGGACAUUUACAACUCUAUAAGUAAUAAAACUCUGAAACUCUAAAUGUUUCCAGGACAGUAACUACAACAUAAUCUCUGAAUUAUACCCAUUUCAGCAUUUGUUUUAAUCCAAUUUUACUUUGAUUGAACAUUAUAAAAUAUAAUUUUCUAUGAACUGAUGCAUACUAUAAGGGAAAAGGGUUUUUUUGUUGUGGUUUUGUGUUGUGUUUUUUUUUUCCUUAAAUUUAUCUGAACUUUUGCAAAUGCAAAGAUAUAGAGUUAAUUUGUUUUUAAAUUUGCACCUACUGUUUGUAUUUGCAAACUGAAUUUAUUGAGGGGAGGGGAUAUUUUUUUUAAAAAAUACUAAUAAAACAGAUCAACAAUAAA